AUGCCUGGGAAGAUUACCUCAAGGGUCGCACCUCGUCAAGAUCUAUGCAUCUUCUGCGCUCUUCGAUUGGGUAGAGCUUCACAAUUCCUUCGCCCUCAUCCCAUCAACCAGAAACGUCCCUAUCGAGCAUCUUCGCAGAUUAGCCAACCCCCAGCCGCUGCAUACGCUAUAGCUCAGGAGGAUCCGGACGAGUCACCGCAAUCCGUUCAACAGCCGUCUCCUCCGCCACUAAAACAAUCUCAGGGCGCAUGGCCUGUAUUUGUUCCAAGAAAACCUAUUGCAAAGGCUAUCGAGCCGGUAACAAGACCACCGGAAGUCAAUUCUGCACCGUCGGCAUAUACAAAUUGGAAAUGCUCAGGAUGUGGUAAUAGUAAUCUUGCACGUCGAGAUGUAUGCGUGAGCUGCCGGACACCAAAGCACAAGCCCCCACGCAGACCACAGCCUGGCCUUUCUUCAGAUGCCUUAUUGGGCGAUGUUCAGCGAUCGCUACCCCGCUUGGACGAGCUUCUGAAUAGAAGGAAAAGUUCUCCACAGGAGUCCAGAGUGGGUGGACAAAGAUAUCCACCCUUGAGCUUCGGCACGUCGAAUCCGGUGUCCGUUCGUGAUCUUGAAUCAAGAGAUCAGACUCAGCAGUCACAACUACAUCAGGUCAAUUCAAUCGAUCGUAGUGGGGGAUCUACAAGAGAGAACGUCACAAGAGCUCGAAAUGCUAAACAGCCAUUCGACUUCGGUAGGUCGAUUUCGAAGACACAACCUCACAUCAAUCCGCCAGAACCAGUACCGAAGCUACCAUCAAAGUGGGGCCAUUCUUUGGGUCGAAGUGAGGGCUCUACACGGGAACAACUCGGUCAGGGUGGGCAGAAACAGCAGGCUUUAGACUUCGGCAGAUCCAGCUCGGAAGCAGAUGGUGAAAGGCCUGUAUGGCGGUUUAAAGCUUUUAAUGGCCCUGGCAGUGUAUCAUCCAGGCAAGAUGAAAAUCUACCAGACCGAGCUCAACCUACAAGCAGGAUAUCACUUAGGCAAGGUGGAGAUCAACCAGGCCGAGACCCCAACAGAAGAAACCAAAGACCAUCUUUUGAAGAAGAUAUGCCCAGAGUCCGAUUCGCCUUUUCUAAGGCCAAAAAUAAUGAACAACGAGCAAGUGGGCCAACGGCAGGCGAGGGUGCGCCCUUCAUUCCUGCAGAGCAGCCAACACGCAUCGCCACCACAGUUGUAGGCGGACCCGUGUCCUCCAUCUCAGCAGUUCACCCUCCCAAGGCUCCACCGGUGCAGGCUACACCCGUGCGGGCUAGACCCAUCUCCAUCGUUGAUACAGGUGACCGAUCUGGAAUAAAUGCUUUGCUGGGUCACGUUGCGGAUACAAGGAAACCACAAUCACGGUUGUCGAGGUCUACGGACGUGGACAUAACAUUCGGUCAAGAAGCCCGAGCACCAAUACCGGAAACCCUUGAUAUGGUAGAUAAUGUCAUACCAAAGUUUUCAAUGGCUGUCACAGACUCUCUCUAUAAUGAGAGUGAGGAAGCUGAAAUUCGGAACAGAAAACAGCGUCAGAAGAGUCGUCUCCAAAAGGAUGAGGAAGAAGGUCGACGAACCAGAGGACGCUUUCAGGUCGAUGCAGAGGAACCCGAGGUCGCACCAUCUAAACUUGAGCCUCAUCUGGAGCGCAAGGGUGCACGCCGAGCCUCUUCUCGACCAAACAGUUAUGAUAUGCUGGAUCACGACGAAGAGCUUCUGUCAGGAGAGCGAGAUCGGAAGAAGAAAAAGGCAAAAGGGAAAGGCAAAGCAGUCAUAUCCGCUCGAACCCCCAUCCAGCUGCCGGAAUUUAUCAGUGUGAAGAAUCUUGCUACCGCCCUGCGAUUGAAGACUGAAGAUUUCAUAAAUCGAAUGGAAGAAAUGGGAUUCGAGAGACCUAGACACGAUCAUGUUCUCGACGCUGAGACGUCAGGAUUGAUUGCCAGCGAAUUCAAUUUUGAGCCAAUCUACGCUCAAGAAGUUCAAGACCUGGUUCCUCGGCCCAUGCCGGAAGAUGUUUCCUCCCUCCCGCAACGACCGCCCAUCGUCACGAUCAUGGGACACGUCGAUCACGGCAAAACUACUAUUCUAGACUGGCUUCGAAAAUCGUCCGUUGUCGAAUCGGAGCACGGUGGCAUCACCCAACAUAUCGGAGCAUUCUCCGUGACCAUGCCUGGUGGUAAACAGAUCACAUUUCUCGACACCCCUGGACACGCAGCUUUCCUUGAAAUGCGACGCCGAGGAGCCAAUGUCACCGAUAUCGUGAUUCUUGUUGUUGCAGCGGACGACAGCGUCAAGCCGCAAACAGUAGAAGCUAUCAAGCACGCCACAGAUGCCAAGGUUCCGAUCAUUGUGGCGAUUAACAAGGUGGACAAGGCAGAUGCCAACGUGGACCGAGUCAAGCAAGAUCUUGCGAGACAUGGUGUUACUGUCGAAGACUAUGGUGGCGAUGUUCAAGCUGUGCCUGUCAGUGGCAAAUUUGGCAAAGGAAUGGCAGAGCUCGAAGAAGCUACCGUUACCCUCUCUGAGCUACUUGAUCACCGAGCCGAGGUAGACGGGCCAGUCGAAGGUUGGAUCAUCGAAUCCAAAGUCACUCUGGCUGGUCGGGUGGCAACCGUCCUUGUCCGACGAGGUACUUUACGCGCCGGGAAUAUCAUCGUCGCUGGCACCACCUGGGCGCGGGUGCGGACACUGCGCAACGAUGCCGGUGCGCUCGUCAAUGAAGCACCGCCUGGGACUCCGGUGCAAAUCGAUGGCUGGCGUGCUGAUGAUCCCAUCGCAGGCUGGCAGGUCCUCCAGACGGAGGACGAGGACCAUGCCAAGGAAGUGGUGGAGCUUCGACGAGAACGGGACGAGUACACGAAGCUUGCCGGCGACACCAGCGCCAUCAACGCCAUUCGCAGCGAAGAAGCUGAAGCCCGGGCUACACAAUUGGCGUGGGAAGCUGAGCAGCAGUGGGCAUCUAAACGAGCCAAAUAUAGACCCAAUGACAAUGCUGGUUGGGUGGAAGGCAAGACAUCAAGUGGGCCUAAACAGGUGCAUUUUGUCGUCAAGGCCGACGUAUCUGGCAGCGUCGAGGCUCUGGUCAACUCGAUCAGUGCUAUCGGGAACAACGAGAUUGCAGCAAAUGUCAUCCGAAGUGGUGUGGGUGCGGUCAAUGAAUCAGACGUGAAUCAUCUGGCAUCCUCGGGAGAAGUUGGGUACCUGAUCUCCUUCAAUCAACCUGUUGAUGCUAGCGUGUCGAGGCUGGCGGAGGCUGCAGGCCUAGAAAUCCUGGAUCACAAUAUCAUCUACAAGGUGACCGAUGUUGUCAAGGAGAAGUUGACUGCCGAGCUACCGCCAGCCAUUACUCAAAGGGUGGUUGGAGAAGCGGAAAUAGCCAAAGUCUUCGAGAUCAGCGUCAAGAAAGCGAAGGUCAAGGUUGCGGGGUGUAAGAUCAGCAAUGGUGUUAUCCGUCGCGACAAGAAGAUUCGAGUUCUCAGAGGGAGUCAGGUGGUGUACAAUGGUACGCUCGACUCACUCAAGAACCAGAAGAAAGAUGUCACGGAAAUGCGCAAGGGCUCAGAAUGUGGCAUGGGGUUCGAGAACUGGGGAGAAUUCGAAGAGGGAGAUCAAGUCCAAUGCUAUGAGGAACAAAAGACGGCACGGACACUCUAG